GGAAACCUUAUAGCGAGUUCAAAUUUAAGAGGAAGGUGGUCAUCAUUGCCCUCUCUCUGUCUCCCCCUCCCUCCCUCCUCUCUGAAAUGGGAGAACAAGGCAAUUCCCCUACUUCCAUAGAAGACAGCGGUCAUGCUUGUGGUUCCACUGCAUCUCUCUCUCAAUCAAGUACAGAAGAUUUGAGAACAGAGUUAAAGCUUGGGCUUAGUUUAUCGAUCCCUUCUCAGACUUCCUCCAGUUCAAGUAGGGAACAACACUCUGAUUGGCCACCAACCAAACCACUGGUUAGGAGCACACUUGAUGAGAGAAGAAUUCCGCCUCACCCAGCAAGUUUCUUUGUCAAGGUUCACAUGGAAGGAAUUCCGGUUGGCAGAAAAUUGGAUCUGUUUGCACUUGAUGGCUAUGAUUCCCUGAUCAGAACACUACGUUGCAUGUUUAGGACCAACAUUUCGUGCCCUGGACUUGCUCAAGUGUCUUCUAGAAAGACCUAUCUGGUAAUAUAUGAGGACAUGGAAGGAGACUGGAUGAUGGCGGGAGAUGUUCCUUGGGAGCUAUUCCUCAACACUGUCAAGAGAUUGAAGAUCGCCAAGGCAGAUAAAUGCUAGUGUUUCCUCCCACAAAACUUUUAGCUACAAAGCGACGAGAAGCAUAUAUGAAAGCUAUUUUUCAAGGUUUAAAUGUACAUCCAUAAAGAAUGUAGCUUUUAUAUCUAUUUUCUUUCUUCUGCGCCAUUAUUUCUAGUUCCUACAAAUGAGAAGUUGCCUUCUAGAAGCUCCCAAUGAAAUGAAAGCAACUGCAGCUAUCUUAAGGUGUUAAAACUUACCUCCACACUGGAAAAGUGGUCAUCUAAGGUGAAUCUGGACCAACCAUUUCUUGGUCACUUCGCUUUUUUCUA